AUGGCAGAUGACGCCGACAUGCGCAAUGAGCUGUCAGACAUGCAGCAGCGCGCCGACCAGCUGGCCGACGAGUCACUGGAGAGCACCCGUCGUAUGCUUCAGCUCGUGGAAGAGAGCAAAGAUGCCGGUAUUAGGACUUUGGUCAUGUUGGACGAACAGGGAGAGCAACUCGAUCGUGUUGAAGAUGGCAUGAACCAUAUCAACCAAGACAUGAAGGAAGCCGAGAAAAAUUUAAAAGAUUUAGGGAAAUGCUGUGGGCUUUUCAUAUGUCCCUGUAACAAGAUGAAGAGUGGAGCAAGCAAGGCCUGGGGAAAUAACCAGGACGGCGUUGUUGCCAGCCAGCCCGCACGCGUGGUGGACGAGCGUGAACAGAUGGCCAUCAGCGGGGGCUUCAUCCGCAGGGUAACAGACGACGCCCGGGAAAAUGAGAUGGACGAGAAUCUGGAGCAGGUGGGCGGCAUCAUCGGAAACCUGCGCCACAUGGCCCUCGACAUGGGCAACGAGAUCGACACCCAGAACCGCCAGAUCGACAGGAUCAUGGAGAAGGCUGACUCCAAUAAGACCAGGAUUGAUGAGGCUAACCAGCGUGCCACAAAGAUGCUGGGCAGUGGCUAGGCGCGGCGGGUGAGCGUCACUCCGUCUUGCGCCCUCUUCAGGCGCUGACUUGCUUUCAUCAUGGUAUUGACCUUCUAGGUUUGCACACAUGCACAUAUCACCUCCCCUCCCCAUUGUAAAUGUUGUUCUGUGUCGUCUGUCGAGCUUUUUCAAGAUGAUUGUCCUCGUAAACAAUGAUUUCUUAUACUCCGUAUCACAUUCUUUCCAAAGGUUGUAUAUAGU